GGCGGGUCGCGGCCGCGUCGCCCUCUCUUUGGCUGGCCGCGCCGUGCCGAGCGGAUUAAGGAAGGCCCGGGCGCGGGGAAGCCUUGCGGGGGGAGGGGAUAUGGUGGCUCUCGAUGACGCCGGGGGGCUGCUCCCCAUUAAGAGGAGUAUUCGGGUGAUCGAUGUGCAGAACCAGCCUUGCCGGGAGCCGGAGGAGCCUAGCAAUAAGCGAGUCCGACCUCUGGCUCGGGUCACCUCCCUGGCAAACCUGAUUUCUCCUGUAAGAAAUGGUGCAGUGCGGCGGUUUGGGCAGACCAUACAGCAGUCCUUUUCCCUUCGUGGUGAGAACAAAUCGCCAGGUAACGCUCAGAGGCUGUGCAGCCGGUCAGCCGCCCCAACGCCUCCCAAACGAAGAAACAGUGUGCUUUGGUCUGAGACGCUGGAUGUCAACAUGAAGGAGACACUGAGCACCAAAGAAAUCAAACGCCAAGAGGCUAUCUAUGAAAUGUCCCGGGGUGAGCAGGAUUUGAUUGAAGACCUGAAGCUUGCCAGAAAGGCUUACCACGACCCCAUGUUGAAGCUGUCGAUUAUGUCUGAGGAAGAGCUCACUCAUAUUUUCGGGGACCUGGAUUCCUACAUCCCUUUGCACGAAGAUUUUCUGGCAAGACUGGGAGAAGCGACAAGACCAGAUGGGACAGUGGAGCAAAUUGGGCCCAUUCUUGUGAAAUGGCUCCCGGGCCUGAAUGCGUACAAAGCCUACUGUAGCAACCAGCUGGCCGCCAAGGCCCUUCUGGACCAGAAGAAGCAAGACCGCCGCGUCCAGGACUUUCUCCAGCGCUGCCUGGAAUCUCCCUUCAGCCGCAAGCUGGACCUCUGGAGCUUCCUAGACAUCCCGCGAAGUCGGCUGGUCAAGUACCCUCUGCUCUUGAAGGAAAUCCUUAGGCACACGCCCAACGACCAUCCUGAUGUUCAGAUCCUAGAAGAAGCGAUCUCCAUAAUCCAAGGAGUCCUCUCCGAUAUCAAUUUGAAGAAAGGAGAGUCCGAAUGUCAGUACUAUGUCGAUAAACUGGAGUACCUUGACGAGAGGCAGAGAGACCCGCGGAUUGAAGCUAGCAAAGUGCUGCUUUGCCACGGGGAGCUGAAGAACAAGAACGGCCACAAAUUGUAUGUCUUCCUGUUCCAAGACAUCUUGGUUCUCACUCGGCCCGUGACACGUAAUGAGCGCCAUUCUUUCCAAGUGUAUCGGCAGCCCAUCCCAGUGCCGGACCUGGUGCUGGAGGACUUGCAGGACGGAGACGUGAAGAUGGGGGGCUCUUUUCGAGGGGCAUUCGGCAGCUCUGAUAAAGCUAAAAACAUCUUCCGGGUGCGCUUCAGAGACCCUGCCCCCGGCCAGUCCCACACGCUGCAGGCCAACGACGUCUUCCACAAGCAGCAGUGGUUCAACUGCAUCCGCGCGGCCAUCGCGCCCUACCAGCCCGCGGCCGCACCCUCCGAGCUGAGAUUGCUCCCAGAGCUCAGCGAAGAGGCGGAGGAGAACCACCCCUCGGCGUCCAGCGCCAAAAUCCAGAGGAGGCAGUCGACCGCGUCGGCCAGCAUCCACAUGGAGCUGGAGGAGAACGCUUCUGAGUGUGGCUCCGUGGCGGACGAGACGGAGGAGGCCAAGGCCGCAAACCCGUGUCGGAGACACUCUGCCCUCAGGAGGACCAGGGAGAGAGCCUCGACCAGCGGCAAGCGGAAAGAGACGCUUGUCUGAAGGGGACGGGCACCUUCCUCCAGUGUUAAUUUAUAAAUAAAAGUGUACAUUUUCUUUCCUGUAAUGUGAGAAUGGUGGGGGCUACUCCUUCUGAAGAGAAGUCUGUGUUUGUGUUUGUCUUUUUUAUGGCAGCUAUUGCUUUUCAGUAAACAUGUUGAACUGGAGUCUGAUUCCAAAAACAAAACACUCGGAUUUCGGGGUCGCAGCAAGGCGUUCUGUACUUUCUGGAGCUGAGGGAUCACGAUAACAUCCACCCCGGGAUUUGAUACUGAGAAGGGACGGAUUUCUGAGGCUUGAUUUCUGGGGAAUAGAGAGGCGUGACUGCAGGACUGAUUAUUUUUUCAAAGCGAGUAUUCUGCAGCAGGUGCUUCUCGGAUACGUAGCUGCCCCCGGCCCCCUACUCUGGAGCUGGCCCAAGUUCCAUAGGAUCGCUUCAGUUUUCUGGGGGCGCCAAGUCCUGUUUCCCAAGAACAGACUCUCAGGCUCAACAGUUUUCUACCUUACCGACUGGAAUUCUGUACUUUUUGUUGUUUGUUGUACAUUCCUUGUUUGAAUUGAUACGACCUGCCAAGCAUUUAAUCUUUUUUUAUUAUUUGAAUAAGUUUGUAGAGAACGCCUUUUGUACUUCAAAUUCUGUGUAUUUCUCAACGUAUGAAUUGGCUUUUCCUCCUUCCUCUCUCUCUAAGUCCUUGACGGGUGUGUGUCUGUUUGUACAUGUGUAUUGUACGUCAUGUAUAUUUAAAAGCCAAUUCAGAACUUUACCGGGUGACACAAAGCCAUACGUUUUUGAGCCAUUGGGGGAAUGGGAGUGCCCCCGACCCCACCCCAAUCGACCUGGGUUUCUGUGCCUUUGACAAGUAGCUCUCCUUCGAAGAGGAGAAGUCGGGCCGCCAGCUUCUCGCCCCUUCCCUGAGAAGUACCGCAGCUGGCAGUCCUGAGGGGAGGGGGCAGAGGAGCCGAUGUGGUGAACCGCAGCAGGCGCUCGUAGCAGCUUGAACUACUGAAGGGGGAUCGCAGUGAGCAGAGAAGGCUUAGAGCAUGUCGCAGAAGGCGGAGGCGAGGGUACCAUGAGUGAGUGCAAAAGGGUGAGGGGGUUUCGCGCGGCAUCCGAGGAUGCUGGCUGUUGGAAGCGAAGGAAGGAACGCGGUAUGUUGCAAGGUAAACUGGUCCGUGGUGGUGGUGGUUUGUCGGUUAGUGGGGAGAAGGCAUGAAACUGGUGAAGUCUAUUUACUUGUGACUUAGUUUUUUGGAAGGCCUGAUUGGAACGAGGGAGGGCGGUUAGCAUUGAUCGAUCCGAAAUAGCAUAAAACAACAGUGAGCUAUUAGUAACAUCCCUGAAGCACUACUGAAUAUUGGCCCAAGAGAAAGAAGCGGACUGCAAAUGAGUUUAGGGGGGAAGCGUUUCUAGUGCAGAGGGGCAUCUGGCCUGAAACAAUCAAUGGGGUGAAAUUCUGGACACAAGUGUAAAUAGACAACAACCAAAGCACUGUGGUUCUCUGUAAAUGUUUCUUUGUACAGUGUCAAGAGCAAAGUACAAUUAAAACCCUUACAGCAUC